UUCGUACCUGUGCGGUGAUGAUGGAGGUCGGGGAAGAACUCACGAGAGAGAAAACGAGGAUAUACGUGGGGGGGUUGGGUGGCGGCGUGACGGAGGAUGAUCUCCGCAGAACAUUCUCGGCGUUGGGUGAAGUAGUCUCCGUCGAUGUAGUUCGCACCAAAGGCCGGAGCUUUGCUUACCUCGAUUUCCUCCCUUCUUCCGACAAAUCCCUUCUAAAGCUCUUUAGCACGUAUAAUGGAUGUAUGUGGAAAGGAGGGAAGCUGCGGCUUGAGAAGGCUAAGGAACAUUAUCUUCUUAGAUUGAAGCGUGAGUGGCAAGAGGACUCCGAACAUGCAAGCAAAGCAUCUGAUAGCUGUAAUGCUGAUCCAUCUGAAAGUGUUGGUACUUUAGAAAAAUCAAAGAAACCUCCCUCAGCAGAUAAGACAAAUCUUAAUAUAUUCUUCCCCAAGCUAGGGAAGGUAAAAUCAUUGGCCUCAGCUGGAAUUGGCAAACACAAAUACAGCUUCCAGCGUCUGCAAGUUCCAUCCAUCCCAACCCAUUUCUGUGAUUGUGAGGAGCACUCACUUGCUUUUGUUCCAACCAAUAAAAAGCAAUCUUCUGAAUUUGUGAAUGCAAGUGAUGGAAUUAAUGAGCAAGAGCUCAAUAUUAUGAACUCAGUGAUGAACAGGAUCUUUGAAAAGGCAAACCCAUCUAAGCAAGCAAAUGGGAAGUCUGAAUCGGUGAAUGGAAAUGGUGUUUCCAUGAACUCCAAUGAUGAAUUGGCUGCUCUUGAAAAUGAUGAGGAAGAUCAUCUGACAGAUGAAGAUAAUCUGAUAAUCAAUAUGGCUACUGGGAGAAGUGACAGCAUGGAUUUGUUAGGAGAAAUGCGAACCAUGAUGGUCAAUCGGGAACCAGUAGCUAAUAGACUCGUUACAUCUGGUGGGAAGCCAAAGAAUGUGCAAGAUAGUCGGGAAAAGAAGACCAAGAGUGUGCAAGAUAGUCGGGAAAAGAAGACCAAGAGUGUGCAUGAUAGCCAGGAAAAGAAGACCAGGAGUGUGCAUGAUAGCCAGGAAAAGAAGACCAUGCUACUCAGUAAGAAGAGGAAAUCACCUCACUCGGUAGAGAACCACAGUAGUGGUAGUGUGAUUUCUGAAGCCUUGGGCAAUUCUCAAAUCCAUUUGGAUACUCGAGAAGACAGCAAAACAGAAAUAAAAUCAGGUACAAAGCAAUCGGGAAGCAAUUCUUUACGAUCACUGAAGUCCACAUGGAAAGAUCUGAUUGGCCAGCAGGGCAAUAUGCCAUUCAGUAUUUCCAGCAUCAUUGCAACCGUACCUCAAGAAAAAAGUGAGAAACUCAAGGGAGAUGAUACUCCAAAAAAGAGUUUGGUUUCUAGUAAGAAGAGAAAGAGAGAAUGUGAUAGAAUUGAGCUAGUGUCUUCUGUCCCUGAAACUAGGUCUUCCACAUCACAUAUAAACAAAGAAGUAGUUUUAGACAUCCUUGCAAAUGAUCCUCAGCAAAAGGAGGAACCGAGAGCCGAUGAUCUUGACAUGCCCUUGACAAAAAUUGCGGACCAAUUUAUGAUAUCAGAUGUCCUAUCUAAGGAAAAAGAGGAUGAACCUACAACUGAUGAUAUUGAUGUUGAAAAUAUCCACGAUUUAGAAAAUGCAGAUAACCAGUCAGGUAAAUCCAAGGAGCUAACUGAGGCUUUACCUGCAAAACAUGAUGAAGAUUUGAUUCGAACAGCUAGAGGUGAUGCUUGGCGACAUAAAUCCUCAUGGACACAACUGAUCAGCAAUACAGGUCAUACUUCUUUUAACAUUUCCCAGAUUGUACCCAAUUUAAGCUUUGAAAAACAGGCAGAUGCAUUCGAUCUGCAACCAGCAAACAAGAAUCUCGACAAGUGUGCUGCUGAAACGGCCAACAAUCAGAGGCCAGCUGGUGUAGUUACUAUGAAGAAGAGUUCAGAACGAAGGAAAAGUUUAUCGCUUGGGAACACGGAAUCGGAGGACUCAUGCCUGUUCAUGAGGACCGAAGCAUCCUUGAAAGAGUGGAAGAAGGCAAAAGCAUCUCUGAGCAGUUCACUCAACAAAAAGAAAAAGCCAGUUAAAGAAUCUGCCUAAACUCUUUAAACAUGAAAAAUUGCUGAUUAUGUGUUAUUUGAUGCAAUUUAUCUAUAUGUUUCAUCAAUUGACUAAGAGCCUGCCUGCCUGCCUGCCAAUUAGGUUGCAUGAAAUUUGAUUAUGACUGAAUCACGUCGGACUUGGUAAAAACCUUUUGUUUGCACAUGGUUUCAUUCAUAAUAGAUGAUCGAUCACUUGCAUG